ACAAUGGCAUCCACAAGCAGACGUACCUGUGUAAAUCAUCCCGAUGUUUUUUGUUAUGUGUGUGGUGAAUACACUUUGAAAGAGAGCAAAAAAACGAUUUCUGACUUUGUGAAAAGAGCUUAUCUUGCCUAUUUUGGCGUGCAUUUAGGAGAUCAAGAUAAAUCUUGGGCCCCACAUUUCAUAUGUAAAACAUGUGUUGAACAUUUGCGACAGUGGACAGAAGAUGAUACAGAAACAUCAACGUCUGACGAAGUUAAAAGAAUUCAAUCAGAAAACGACAGCGAUUUUGAAGCAGAUUUAGCAACUCCGCAGUGUUUCAAUCAAGAAGAACUAAACGAUCUUAUAAGAGACCUGAAUCUCUUAAAGGAAUCCCCUGAAUUACUUGCAUCCAGAUUAAAAGAAAAUUAA